ACAGACAAAUUUAUUGUAAAAACAAAAACAAUACACAACAAAACUUCAAUGAAGGAGCGUAAAGUGAAUUUCCCUUUACUCUUGAAAUUUUCAAAAAAUGACAAGUCUAAGGAAACUUCCAAAAACGCUGAAUCUAAUGUCAAAAACAAGAGGAAAUUUGCCAUCUACCCAGCCCCGGUUGUAAAUCGGUAUGAGAUCCUCGUGCAACGCUCGGCGUACACAUACGACGAGGUCGAGGAGUGGUACCCAAAACUGCCUUAUUUUCACGAGGAUGCUCAGAAGCCUUUCAAAUUUUCAAGUUUGCUGCCGAUCGUUUCAACUAUUGCCAACUACAAGUGGAAAAAAUAUCUCUACGGUGACUUGAUAUCAGGCCUGUCUGUCGCAUUUCUUCAGAUGCCACAGGGUCUAGCUUACGGCCUUCUCGCCUCCAUGAGCCCUGUCUCCGGGUUCUACACUUCCUUCUUUCCGGUCCUGAUCUACAUCUUCUUCGGGACCUGCCCACAAAUCUCCAUGGGAACCAACUCAGUGACGGCCCUGAUCACAGCCGCGAUGGUGGAGCGAGAGGUCGACGUCUACUUGAACCAAGAUGAUGAUAACACAACUCUCUCCACUGAAGAACACAUGGGCUACAGAGAGAGUGUCGCCUCUGCCUCCGCAUUCGGCUCCGGGAUGCUGCUCCUGCUGAUGGGCAUCUUCAGGGUUGGCUUCGUGACCAGCUACAUGCCGUCGUCCUUCGUUGGGGGCUUCACUGCGGGAGCCGCGGUGCACAUCGUUACCAGCCAGGUGAAACACAUUUUUCAUAUCAAGAUUAGAACUCAUGCUGGCGUGGGCAAGAUCAUUCGAACUUACAGUGACGUGGUCAAGGAGAUCCCGAAGACCAACAUAGCGGACACUGGUCUCUGCAUCCUGAGCAUGGGGGUGCUGCUCCUCUUUAAUUUGCUCAACCCUAAGAUUAAGGACUGGCGCGGCUACGAGGUCCCCAUCAACCUCAUCAUGAUAGUCGUCCUGACGCUCUUCUCUCACUUCCUGGACUUCGGCCCUGUCUGGGGAAUGAACACAGUCGGGGAGGUUCCCUUCGGCGUCCCGGCGCCGACGCUGCCGCGAUUCACCGUUCUCCCCAACAUCGUCUCCGACGUGGUGGCCCUGACGGCCAUCACUUUCGCCAUGACCAUCUCCAUGGCCAUGCUUAUGGCCAAGAUCCAUAACUACGACGUGGACAGCAACAGGGAGUUGAUCGCCUACGGGCUUUGCAACUUGGGUUCCUCCUUUUUCAAAUGCCAAGUCAGCAGCGUAUCUCCGCCGAGAACGAUGAUUCUGAGCAACACAGGGGCAGAGACGAUGCUGAAUGGAGUCCCCACGGCGCUCUUUCUUUUCAUUAUGUUCUUUGCUGGCACACUGCUCAAGUCACUGCCCAUCGCGUACCUGGCCGCGAUGAUCAUCGUUGCAGUGAAAGAUCUGCUGCUCCAGUUUCUAACAGUGCCCAAGGUCUGGAAGGUCAGUAAAGCGGACUUCUUCGUCUGGACAGGCACUUGGUUGGUCACGGUCUUCGCGGAUCUGCCCUGGGGGAUCAUAACCGGGAUGUCCAUCUCCAUUCUCGGGCUGGUCAUUAACAACCAGGUCAUCGAGGGCUCUCUGAUCGUUUGCGCCAACAACGAAGACCUCCUCCUUCGCGGCGAAGAUCGCAUGUUCGUGCAUCAACCUAAAGGCAUCCGAAUCUUCUACUUCCCGUCCCAGCUCUUUUUCGCCAACGCGGAGAUCUUCAAGAAGCAGCUCUUUCAGAACGUCUUUGACCCAACCACUGUCCACGCGAUGGACUAUCAGCUGGCGGAGGACCUCAGCAGCAGCGUGAUGGACCUCGAGAACGCAGAAGUGAAAUGCAUCAUCAUUGACUGCUCAGCCAUAACUUACAUCGAUAUGGACGGAGUGAACAUGCUGAAGAUGGUCAUCAUUCUGUACCGGAAGGCCGGGAUACAGAUUCUCUUAGCGAGAGUCCCCGAAAGAACUAUGAGAGUCUUGGAAAACGGGGACUUCUUCGCGCUUCUGCCAAAGUCUUGCGUGUUUCAUGACGUUGAGGACGCCAUGUACAAAGAGCAAGAGACUCGCUACGGCGUGAGCAGGCUGUCCUUGACAUUCUCCACCGUCUUGAUACCCACCAACGAACCCUCGAGUGUCAAUGUACAAAACGCUGGGAGUGAAAUUUUCUGAAACUUAACAUCUUCCAAAAGUGAACGUCUAUCAAAGGGUCAAACUACCCACUUUUGAGCAUAUCUUUUCAAUAAAUCAGAACUAGAAAUCGUUAUCUCUGCUUGUAACUGAAACUUGCCACCUUGAGUCUACAAUUAAUUAACCAACAGCAUUUCUAAAUCAUUUCUUAAUAUAAAAGUUGAUUGAAUGCUAAAGCACUAUUGCCAGGGCUGGAUUUAAGUUUGUGGAGGCCUCUACCCUUUUUUUUUUUUUUAAAGCUUUAAUAAAAGCCCACUUUUUACCACCUAUCAAUAAACAUAAUGAUAUCUAAUAGCAAGUCAUAUUUUAGAAGAAAGAGAGUACUUGUAAAUUUGAUCUAAUUUUACUAUAUUUAAAAAAAAAAAGUAAAAAAUAUUUUUUAUGCAAUUUGUGUAAAAAAAAAAAGUAUAUUUUGUAUGUUUUUGAGCUUGUGGAAAGUAAGAUCGUGUGCGACUUUAAAAACCUCUUUUGUGGAAGCCCCCUUUUUUUUGUGGAAAUCCUGGGUCUAUAGUCUCGCCUGCCCUGCUUUAAAAGUAAAACUAGUUGAGACCGCUUUGUGCUUGGGACAAAACUAGUCGUAUAAAAUCCUUCAACUUUGAGAGCAGAACUAAUCAAAUAAGAACUAAUCAAAUAAGAACUAAUCAAAUAAGAACUAAUCAAGUAGUGUCUUUAAACUAUUGACAAAAAAACACUAAUAAAAUGAAAAGACAUGUUUAUAAUGUAUUUAUUUAUACAUAUUAGUGUUGUAAAAUUAUAUUUAUAAAGGCCUAUAUAUGUGUGUGAGUCUGUGUGUGUAUAUUAACUCUUCCUCUCCUAACUGACGAUACCAGCGUUGAUUCCACCAGAAUGUGGUAAAUAAUUACGGAGAGAAAGAGUUAAUAAUGCAUGAUAAUGUAAAGCUUUCGUUGGGAUUAGCUAUAGGGAGAAUAAACGUAUGUAAUAAUGAUACUCAAAAGGCCAUGUACAAAAUAUAAACAUAUAGGUCAUGUACAAAAUAUAAACAUAUAGGUCAUGUACAAAAUAUAAACAUAUAGGUCAUGUACAAAAUAUAAACAUAUAGGUCAUGUACAAAAUAUAAACAUAUAGGCCUACUGUAUUUUGACAUACCGCAUUCAAAAAUGGAAUUGGGUAUGACAUGAUGUAAAAAUACUAAUUAAAUUAUUACACUAUUUUUUUUUAUCAAUUGUAUUUUUUCCCCCAAGUCUUCAUUUAUUGUUAGGCCUAAGCCUUUCAUUAUUUAAAAAAAUGAUAUGGUAGAAUUUUUAAAUGUAUCUUUUUUUUUUUUUUUUAAUUGUGCAAACGUGUUCAACUAUUUAUAACAAAUUAUUGGACUAUGACUUAAAUUAGGUUCUAAGAAAAAAGGAUUUUCUAUAUCAAAAAUUAAAAGUCAUAUUCAAUUUUGUGUUCCUUGUCAAAAGUCUAUAAAUUUGUUUUAUAUUUUUUUAAACUCAUAGAUGUUGUCUCCGGGCCCUCUCCUACGCCAUUACAUUUAGAUUGUUAUUGCAAUUAUUAGGCCUACAAGGGCCCAAAGCAAAUUUCGUUUUACAAUUUCUUAGUAUUUCGCAUUGUAUACAUUUGAAUUUCAAAAAUAUUGUAAAUAUAAAUGAAAAAAAAAUU